AUGGACGAUGUAGUUUCCGAGCCAGAUGGUGUCGUCGAGCUCGGAAGAUUGGUCCCAUCGCCCGAUUACCGUGUGCCGCCGCGCGACGAGGAAAACGAGCUGGUUACUUCUGUAGUAGGACAAGACCCACAGUGGAACGGGGACGUUGGCUUCGAUAUCGUGGCCGACGUCGACGACACAGGGGCGACCAUUUUCCCAGAACUCAAGAGACUGAAGAGCUUCUGCAUCGCUUUCUCUCUGAACUUCCCGGACAGCACCCCCUCCCAGGAGCUGUCGUGCACGGAGUGCGUCACCGAGGCGGACUGUGGCAACUACAACGCCGACGAGGUCUGGUGCCAGUCUCCGAUCGCGGCGAACUGCCUGGCUCCGGACGAGACCGUGCUGACCGACGGGUUCGAGGCGUUCACCUUCAAGCUGAGGCCGCAGGUUGACAGCCCGAUCACGGCGCGCACCGUCGUGCGCAUCUUUCUGCGGCCACUGACGCAGUGGAACAUCGCGGCGACCUGCUUCGUCGCGUUCGACGGGGGAGCGUGCCCCGCGCCCGCCACGGGGGGCGUGUGUGGCAAUCCCGCCUGCCAGUCGGAGGCGGUCGCGGGCGGCACUCCGGAGAUCCCCCACGACCUGCCCUUCAACACUCUGAGGAUCACGCUGCCAGACGUCAUGGGCGACAUCACGUCGGCCUCGGGCGGGGUCUUUAUGAAGGUCGGUAGUCUCAGCCUGCCUCCAGGCGGUUUCUUUCCGCAGGGGUUCUCCGCGGAGUUGGAGAGUGAAACGGGGGCCCCAGACGACUGGCAGCCCACGUCCGACAACGUCAAGGUGUACAAGACUCCGAAGAUCGUCGCGGCGUCCCUGGUGACUGCGGACGAUCCCCUUGUUAAUACGAAGCCCUUCCGAGGGGACACAGACAACAAACUCUACGUCCGUCUGGUGAGUGGCGCGAACUUGUUCGCCAACCAGCAGGGCGACGUGAAGCUGACCGUGAUCUCCCCGUUCGGGUACGCGUGCGCUACCACCGACACCUUCGGAGGCACUGUCCCAGAUGGUCUCACCGUUUUCGACGACAAGGUCCCCAACACGAAGGGCCGAUUCGGAGGUGACUCCACCAAGGAGGAGCUCCAGUUCUCCAACAGUCUCGACCCGAUCGGCUGCGCCGUGACCUUCAAGGCCUCCAUGAUCCUGUACGCCAUGUCGGUCGUGUACUUCGAGAUGAGCGUCGACAAUCCUCCGACCGCGCUGCAGCAGAACGACGAGAGCAACGUGUGGUCUCUGCGGACCGAGGUGACAGACGGUAUAACCUACACGCUGGACGACUACCCGCUGUCUGGCCAAACGUACGCUGCGUGCGCGUCGCCGCAGGAGAAGCUCUACUGCAUCUACGACAUGGGCUCCGACUUCGGCGGCAGCGUAUCCGUCCUCGGGUUGCUCUCGGAUGUCAUUCUGCAGCCGUUCAACUUCGGCGCGAGUGCGCUGAACGAGAUGUUCGUCUUCUUCACGACAGCGCAGACGGUGGGCACACUGGACGCCAUGGAGUCCGAGGUGUGGGUUGACGCCCCCUCGACUUUUGACUUCGGCCAGUACUGCUCCGCGUCGCACCUCCCCGAGUCCUAUUACAUCCCUGAGGGUAAAGGAACUACACCUUUGCCCACUGGCGACGUGAUCAACUGCCUGGGCUCGCUGGCUGCAUCUGGCGAGCUGACGUACAACCGCGCGAAGAUCAAGACGACAGGCCGCCUGUUGGCGACCACCCCUUAUGGUUUCAGUGUGAAGGUGACCAACGCUCCUUACUAUGUGUUGACUCAGCUGACCGAGUGGAGGAUCUGGACCUACACGCAGUCUGGCGUCGCCGUAGAUGGGGCCUAUGAGACAGCUCGCUUCAACCAGAUGGAGGAUGCCGGAUCUGACAGCUGGGGCAUUUACCAGCUGUCGAUGCCCUCGGCGAAUUUCGGCGUGACCAUAUCCGACCUGCGGCCCAGUAUGGACCGGGCGGCCACCGACAUCAUCGUUUUCCCGAUCGUGGUGCAGACUGCGAUGGACCUACAUGUGCGCAUUCUCGCACCCGCCGAGUACAUAUGGGACUUCCAGCAGGACGAGUUCAAGUACAAGGCCGCCGGCUUUGGCGUGGCAAGCAACCUGGUCGUCGAGGGCGCAGAGGCCGACCUCCCCAUCAAUUAUGGACCGAACGCGCCACAGACCGCGCCUUUCAACCGCAUCACCCUGGACUCCAUCCAGACCGCCUGGACGCCGGGGGUGAAAUACGGGUUUGCCGCCAAGAUUCGGCUUCCUCGCUACCCGCCGACGGGCUCUGCAAACUACUUCUGCAUCGAGUUCGGGUUCGACGAGACCUACGACGCCAACAGGCUGGAGGCGGGCGUCACCGAGGGCCCACAGAUUCAGACCCUGAUCAACGGCGGGGUUUCCUUCACUACAAGUAUUACGAGUGCCAACACGACUAUCACCUUCAGCGUGCAGACUAUCACCAGCAUCCCAGUGGGUGGCGGCAUCGUGAUCGUAGGCCCCCCGAACUUCAAAUUCGAGUACCCCCUGUGCUCGCCGAAACCAGCCGAGGGAUUCCCUGAGAUGCCGUACGACUCCACGUGUCUCUUCACGGAGAUUGUGUCUACGGGCCAGCCGAAAGUGUCGAUCGUCGCGGGCGCGUCGGGAAUUCCCCCUGGGUACUAUCGAUUUUCUUUGGAUGCGACCAACCCGCCAAUCGUCAGGUCACAGGACGAAGCCGGCGAGUGGGUGAUCCAGACGUAUAGUUUGGUGAGCGAAGGAACCUUGCUGGAUUACGACACCACUAUUGCCAGUUUCCCCAUCGGGGAUACGAUGCUUUAUGCCGACUUGAUCAUGCACACGAGGGCUCAGGAGUUAGAAAACCAGCCAUGCAUUUUCCUCACCCAGGCGGAGCAAGCCAUCGACUCUCAGCGUCCUGUCAGCACUUGCGACUUCGAGUACUGGCAGUUCUACUCACCCCAGGGGUACCGGGACGACCGCCCUGGCGUGCCCUCGCAGCUCAUCAUCGCCUUCAAGCUGUCAAGCACACCCGUCGGCACCACGUCCGAGAUCGUUGUCCGCGCGCCAGAAGGCUAUGAAUUCGACAUCGAAUGCGAUGUGGUUGUCGACUCCACCCGUAUCUUCGACGACAGCGCGACCACCGAUCUGGGCCAAGAUUCUGUGUCCGACACCGAGAACUUGGGAUACACGGAGGAUGAGAACACCUUCGAGUCGCGCUUCGCCAUUUGGCCAGCUACUGCUUCCGUUGCCUCGUGCAGUGGCGACGCGAACGUGGCCAGGAUCAUCAUCGCUUAUGGACUCGAGUCAGGCGAAGUGACCACGGAUAAUCCGAACCCAUUGCCUUACGUGUUUCGCUUGGGCGUCGUAGCGAACCCGACCUCCACCCCGAGCUAUAACAAGUUCGUAUUGGAAGUCAAUUCUGCGACUUCGACCGAGUUCAGCGCCGAGUCCUCCGUGCCGUUCGACGGCGUCGACAUAUGGUCCUUCAAAGAUGUCUCAAUUGUGCAGUCGACCACUGCAGCAUCCACACAGGCUCUCACUAUCAUGAACACGGUCACCAUCACUUUCCGGCCUGUUAAUAGCCUUCCCAACGGUGGACACAUGCGGGUCCUCGCGCCGAGCAGCUUCGCGAUCCCGACAGUGUGCGACGUGGGCGUCGAGCUUGAUGCGGCGGACAUGCCGGUGAUGGAGUCGGAGGUCAACCAGGUGCUGGCCUUGAAAUAUUCUGAGUUCCGGGAUGGCGACGUACUCUGCCAGGGCGACAGCACGCCCUCCUCACGCGCGAAGCUCGUCUUCGUGACCGAUGUGGCGAGCGGGAAGUAUCUCAAAGGCGGUUUGAUGUACCACGUCACGCUUACUGUUCAGAAUCCCCAGACCACCGCUGACGUGCCCGAGUACUGGAGUCUAUAUUCUUACGAGGACACCACGACGAACAGCCUCAUCGACUCCGCCAGCUUCCCGGGGUUCACGAUCAACGCCGCCGUCCACGCGUUCGACUACGUGUCCCCCAGCUCCACGAACGCUCACGCAGUACAGGUGGUGACCUUCAGCAUCUCGUUCCCGAGCGUCGUAGACUUCGGCGAGUCGGUGCGGGUCGUGGCUCCCGUGAGCUUCUACUUCGGCACGAUCGGCGACGCCAUCUGCCCGCAGUACGCGCACCUGAGCGGCUCUCUGGCCCUCACGGUGCCCGUAUGCGCCGCGAACACCAUCACGUGGACCCUCGAGCAGGAGACCGUCCCCGCCUACUCCCCGUCGACGUUCCUGGUGCAGCUCAGGAAUCCAGGGACCACUCCGCAAACGAACAUGUUCCAGGUGAGGCACCUCGCGGCGGACGGCUCGCGCAAGUCGUCAAGGAUUGUCAGCGGCUUCUCCAUCGUCCCGGAGCUGGUGGCCCUGGCCGUGUCGCCGACGCCCCUUGGCUCGCAGUGGGAAGCCCAUCCAGCACAGCUGGACACCUUCGGCCUCGCGCACAAGGCUUGCAGGCACCUCGCCAAGGAGUACGUGAGGAACGUCACCGACCAGCUCGUGCGGGCAUAG